GUUGUCUUGAGACCGGCAGGCGAGAGUCGCUGGAGCGAGCACGUCGACGCACGCACGGGAAGGUUGCUCUGCAUCUUCGUCUGCACGCGCCCAGGUUCGCACUUCGUCGCAGUGUCCGUACCAUGUGCGGGUACCUGACCGUGUGGUGUGGAUAAUUAAGGUGUCUGUUCUACAUGCAACGCGGAGUCUGGCAAGACGAAAACCAGGUUAUAACGGGCAUCUGGGCGAAAGGAACUGAGAUCCAGAGGUAAGAACUAUGACACACCUAGGAAUGACCGGCGGCUCUCUCAGCUGGGUCUGCCUAGGCCUCCUCCUACUGUUACCUCCCUUACCGGCGCGCUCUUCUGACAGCAAGGAGACUUUAGCUUCCAAUUGGCAUCGUUCGUCACCCAAGGGGUCAAGUAUUCAUCUCUUUGACGGCAAAGGACUCAGUUCUGUUGACGGUAUUUCUAAAGCUCUACCUCGAGGCUGGCAUCUUCACAAGAAUUUUUCUGGCUUCCUGAUUGAGAGUAACAGAGCCAGGAAAUACUUGAAGAAGUUCUAUGGGGACUUUGUAUUAACUUUAACCAGUCAUCUAGUGAAAAAGAGUCAGGGAUCCUUGCUGACCUUAAAGCACCGAAAACAUAGGCUGCCACAUCUAGACCUUGUGGAUUGAUCUUGCAAACAACCUGUUGGUAUUCAGGUACCUAGGUGCAAAAUCCUACCAGCGUAUCCAGAUGUCAUCAGUGUUUCCAGCAUGGCAAUGGUCACGAUUGCAUAUUGAAAUGUUUAACUUGAAACUUUUGGUUCGCGUGGACUGUAUGGACAACAAAGAAAUGGUUCUGAGACAACCCUUGGCUGAUAUUCCACUUGACAUCCAGGUGUGGUUUGGACAGAAAGCAGAUCAUCAGGAAGGGUUGCAGGGCAUGAUAUUUGAUGCAGAGCUUGGAGUGCAUGCCUUGGGGGAUGAUGAAGGCUGUCCUGUGACGAUGAAUAAUCAGUUAGUUGCUGAUCAGCCAGCAUCCGCGACUUCCGAUUUCACUGUUAGAAACUCUAUGGAGGACAGAGUUACAUUCCUUGAACAACAAGUGGCACACCUGUCCAAGCUUGUUGACAUGCUGAAAACACAGAAUACUGAUUUAUCAUCUCGAGUUAGCUACUUGGAAACUUGUGAAUGUACUCCAAGAUGUUCUUUCAAUGGUAAAAUCUUCAAUGAAGGACAGACAUGGAGCCCCGACAUGUGCACAGUGUGUCAGUGUCAGAAUGGACGCCCUCGAUGUAGCAAAAGACUUGAUGUGCCAAGCUGUAUAUCACCAUGUAUGGCCAGUCCUUGUCACAAUAUUGGCAGCUGCAUGGAUCUCGAUGUUUUUUCUGAUAUUGAUACAAGAGCAGACAAUUUUCAGUGCCAGUGCCAACCACCUUUCACUGGCCCUACUUGCCAAGUCCGCUAUAACCCAUGCAUCUGGCCUGUUGACUAUGGCAAUUGCAACCAGCAGCUGACUCGAUAUUACUAUGACCAGAUGUCACAGCAGUGUCUUCCGUUCAACUAUACAGGAUGUGGAGGGAAUGUGAACAACUAUGAGAAUAUUCAGCAAUGUGUAAGCAUAGCAAUGGAGGGUGCAUGCUGCUAUAGAACUUUCAACAUCAGCAAAGAUGCUGUUGUGAAGAACCAACAACAGAUGCAGAUACUGUGCAAAGUCUUGCACCUGGGAGAUUGCCAAGCUUUACAUCGUCCCCAGGGUGGCCUUGAUGCCAUGGAAAAAGGUAUCGUUGCUGUAGAGGAGACAGAAGUGGUCAGUUUCUACCCAGGUCUGUCAUGUGAAGAGGCAGGCUGCACUGCUCCACUCAAGAAGUGCACUGUGGGACAAACCCUAUACUCACCUGGUGAAUCCAUCCAUCUAGGCUGCCAACAGUGCAUUUGUCAAGAAAAUGGUGUCUUGAAUUGCUCAUGUAGCCAGAUGACCAUGAGGCGAGAGAUACGUGACAUGACCCGGGAGGAAAUUGUUCGUUUCCAACAGGCAGUGGCAAAGCUGCGGCUUGGUGCCGAUGAACAAGUUUGGGAACAGUUCCGGGACUUGUACAUGACCCACAGAAUGCAUGCCAGUGGUGCCCCCUACUUCCUUCCUUGGCAUCGCUUAUUCUUACGACAAGUUGAACAGAAGCUGCAAGAAAUCGACUGCAACAUUGUGCUGCCAUACUUUGAUUUCACCACAGAUGUGGGCAACUUUGGUCAGGCACUUGUUUGGCAGGCAAACUACUUUGGCAGCAGUGGGAACAGCAGCGAUGCCAACUGUGUCCCUGACCAUCCAUUUGGUGAUCCCAAGGCAUGGCAGCCAUGCCUGAUGCGGCAGUUUGAUACAAGCGUGCAACUGCCAACUCAAGUAGAACUUGCCAUGGCCUUAGCAAGUGAUGACUACAUGGAUAUGAGCAUGUGCUUGGAGAGUGCUGUUGCCUAUGUUCAUGCAUACAUUGGAGGGGACAUGAUGGCAUCAAGUGGACCCUAUGAUCCCAUCUUUUAUGCAGUGCAUUCAUUUAUAGACAUGCUAUACUGGACUUGGCAGCAAAAGCCUGGUAACAAGUUCCAAUUUCCUGCAGCUUACGGCAAUAUUCCUCUUGUGCCAUUCAAUGUCUUGCCUUGGCAAGUGCUGGACUCGGAGGCAUCUCUUUGUGUGACGUAUGCACUUCCUUCCAAAGGUAGUAGUUGUAACAUCACGGACCUCAGCAGACUUAUCCCAGAGCAUACUACUCACCUCUCUCCAGACCAGAAGAGAGGUGACAUUCCUGUGAAACCAGAGGAGGAGAUUGAGGUUGUUGAGCUUGAUCUCUUUGGAUAUGAUGCAGAUGGCUUUGACUUGAGUGGAUUCAACAGAUUUGGAUUUAAUAGGAAAGGUUACAAUCGAGAUGGUUACAACAGGGCAGGCUAUGAUGUUGUUGGGUUUGACCGCUAUGGGUUUGAUGAAGAAGGAUACAGUUUUGAUGGCUUCAACAAAUCAGGCAAGGAUCGUGAAGGGCACGAGGAUUCCACAGGCCGCUUCAGUAAUGCUGGAUAUGAUGCAUUCUGUUUCAGCAGGCAAGGUCUCAACCCACAAGGGUAUGAUCAGUAUGGCUUCACAGAGGAUGGCUAUGAUGCUGACUUCUGCAACUUUCAUUUCCAUGGCCCCUUUGCUCCAUUGCAGUCUUUCCAAAUAUUUCAAAUCUUGCGGCAGCAGACUAAACCAUUCCUGAUGAGCCUGUCACGCACUUGCCCUGGACUGAGUGCUGUUCCUGAUAUCUGGCUAAAGCAGACGUGGGUGACUGAGAGAAAGGUGAUUGCAGGCAUGGUAAACGUUGAGCUCCCUUCAAGUUUCAUCAGCGUCCCAGCCCAACGGUUCUGUUUCAGGACAGACAUUUUUGUGACAGCUUGUCAGUGUGAUAAAGGGAUUGCCUCGUGUCAAGAAAACCCUUGUGAGAAAGCUACUUGUCCUGCCUUCCCAGAAGCAAAAUGCUACAUCUCCUUCUGUGGAGAAUGUCAGACAAGAUGGAUUCAUGAAGGGAAGGAGGUGGACUGUGCCAUAACCAGAAAUUUCUGCAGUCCAAAUCCUUGUCAACAUGGAGGGGAAUGUAUAGAGUCUGAGUGGCCCAAUGAACCUCAGCAGAUUUUGUGUGUCUGCCCUCCUGGCUAUGAUGGUCACCGGUGUCAAUAUCUUGUAGAGGAUGUUUGCAAUCUUCCCUUAAGUACAGGAUCUUGUGAGCAGCAGGAAAUGAAAUGGUAUUACAACUACAAAACUGCAUCCUGUGAGAAAUUUGUCUACACCGGUUGUCAAGGCAAUGCUAAUAAUUUCCCUUCUGCUGCUGCCUGUGAAGCCAGAUGUGUGGCUGGUGCAUGCUGCUUCAGGGAACCUUUAGCUGUGACACAUCACAUAGGCUUUGAUAAAGAUGGUUUCAAUAAGUAUGGCUUUAAUGUGGAAGGUGUAAAUCGGUUGGGUGUCAAACAGACUGUUGACGUGGGCACAGCCACUGGCCGUCAGAGGUUUGAUCAAAUGGGAUAUGACUGGCAAGGGUUUGAUAGGGAGGGCUUUAAUAAACAGGGAGUGAACCGCUAUGGUUACAAUCGUCAGGGCUACAACCAAGAUGGCUUCAACUUGACAGGAUACAGUCAUAUUGGAGAAUAUGAUGGCAUCAUUGAUUAUGAUUCUUCAGGAUAUGAUAUUGAAGGGUUCAACAGGGAAGGAUUCAAUUGUCAUGGUUAUAAUCGACUAGGGUAUGAUGUGUAUGGAACUCUGCAAGGUUUCAAGUACAAGUGCAGGGCAUUGACAAGAUUUCAGUGUGAGCAGUUGGAAUCCAGCCAAACAACCGUUGAAGUGGUGAAGUUUACUGCUGGUAAACAGUGCUCACAAGUGGUCUGUGGUGAGCAUUGUGGAUGUCACCAUGGAGGCAAGAUUUACAGUGUGGGAGAGGAGUUCCGGUCUGGGUGCCAGACCUGCAUCUGUAUGGAUGGUGGUGAGACUGCAUGUGUUUGUGACUACAGUGCUAAGCGAAAGGAAGUACGGGAAUUUACGAGGCAAGAAAUGGACCAGUACCAAGCAGCUGUACGAAAACUAACCACGGAGACUGGAUACCCAUCCCAGUGGUUCCAAUUCGCAUCACUGUAUGCCUCCCACAAGCCACAGGCAGUGGGAUCACCAUCAUUCUUGCCCUGGCAUCGUCGUUUUUUGCUAGAGGUUGAACGUGCCUUGCGCAUAGACUGCCGGGUAUCUAUACCAUAUUAUGAUUGGACACUUGAUGUUGGUGAUAUGGGUCGGGCCCCUGUGUGGGCAGCCAACAUGUUUGGUGGCAACGGUGGAAGGGAUGGAUGUGUGCGCUAUCAUCCAUUCAAAAAUUACUACCCAUACUUUCUGGCACCAUGUUUGCGACGACAUUUUAAUGAGAGCAUAAGUCUCCCUGAUGCUGUGAAUGUACAGUUGGCUCUGAAUGAACAGGAUUAUGAACGGUUCCGCAUUCAUAUGGAAAUGUUUCUUGAACUAUUUCAAGUGUUUGUGGGUGGUCACAUGGAAACAGAUACCCCAUAUGAUCCCAUUUUUUACUCUGUGGCAGCUUUUGUGGACAAACUCUGGGAUGACUGGCAACGCAAAUAUGAUGAUGGUCUCUUGCGUUAUCCCUUACAUCGGAGGUUUGUACCGCUAGCACCUUUUGAGGAAACGCCAGACAGUGUCAUGGAUUCCCGUCUUCAGCUGUGUGUAGAAUAUCUUCCUCUCCUAGAUGGUGCUCCUUGCAAUAGAACAUCAGUGACAAAUUUUGGAUAUGACAUUGACGGAUUUGAUAGACAUGGAUACAAUCAGAACGGCUUUGACAGAGAUGGAUACACAAUUAAAGGUGUAAAUGCAGAAGGAAACCCUGACACAAGAGGUAUUUUCAACAAAUAUGGUUAUAACAAAGAUGGCUUUGGUCGUUCAGGGUAUGACCAGAUAGGUUUUGAUCAGCAUGGAUUCUAUGUUGACUCAUAUAAUCUGGAUGGCUACAAUGCUUUUGGAUAUGACCGAUCUGGUUAUGACAGAUAUGGUUUUGACCGGCAAGGAUAUACACCUUUUGAUUUUCACAAAAAUGGAUCAUACAAACCAGAAGUAGUUAAAACAGACUUGCAGAUCUUUGAUCCUUAUGGUUACAACAUUUAUGGGUACAACAAGUUUGGAUUUGACAGAGAUGGUUAUGAUGUCUUUGGCUUUGAUGCUAAUGGCCUGAAUCGGCGCAUUUGUAACUAUUACCAUUUGGGGCCAGUCUAUAUUCUUGUUAAGAGGAUGGUAGAAGAAAAGCUCAAGACUUUGAAUGAAGAUGAAAUCAGACUUGUGCAUCGAAUAUGCUCAGAUAUGAGUCCAUUGCCAGAGUAUCAAAUGCGUAACAGCUGGCUUUAUCGUCAGGGUCAAAACGAUGCUCUCAAUGAGAUUUAUGUUAACCACCUAAAUCAGCACAUGGUAGACCUAACUGUCAUACCUCGUGCUGUCAGUGUGACGUCAGACAAGACCUGGCUUCCAGUGGCUCCAGACACAAGACUUUGCAUUAUGACUCACGCCUUUACACCAUGUGACCUGGCCAAGCCACCUGUGCUAUGUCCCACUAAUCUUUGCACUGAUGUGACAUGUCCAGGUCACCCAACGGCCGUUUGUCGCACCAGCAGCUGUGGGCAGUGCAGACGAGAGUGGUAUGAUGGUGUGACAGGGCAUUUGUUGAACUGUACAGGAUGUGUUGAUAAGAAUGGGGAAAUACGGCAAGAAGGUCAACGAUGGACUGAUGAUCUCUGUACCACCUGUAGCUGCCAGGAUGGAAGAGUGAUUUGUGAGACAGUGCAGUGUGAUCAGCCAGCCUGUCAAUACCCAGUAAAGCUAGCUGACCAGUGUUGUUCUUCUUGUCAGGGGUGUGACUAUGGCGGCCACAUUGUUCCAUCGGGUCAUGCUAUCACCUCACAAGAUCCAUGCUUCCAGUGCGUUUGUCAACAAGGCGACGUGGCAUGUCAGGCAGUGAGCUGCAUAGACCUUGGAGCCUGCCGUAGUUCAAUCGUUCUGGAAGGGGAUUGCUGUCCAGUGUGUCUGGACUGUGAACAAUAUGCUGAUGGUGAUGUAUGGUCACCAUCCCCUUGUCAGCGCUGUAUUUGUCAGCGAGGAGAAGUCCAGUGUGAAAAGAUCCAGUGUCUAGCAGUGAAAUGUGAUCAUCCCUACACUCAGGAGGGCCACUGUUGUGCCAAGUGUGAAGCAUGUUUUUUCCAAGGCAAUGUGUAUCGGAAUGGAGAGGAAUUCCAAGCUGAUGCAUGCACCUUGUGUGCUUGUCGAGAUGGAAGUGUUCAGUGCAUGGCACAGAUUUGUUCUAAUGUCACUUGUGUCAACCCUGUCACUCCACCUGGCCAGUGCUGUCCGCUGUGCAACCAAGACUGUGAGUAUGAAGGAGAGACUUACAUGCAUAAUAUUGACUUUAUGCCAUCAUACAAUCCCUGCCUCAACUGCACCUGUGAUAAUUCAAGGGUGCGCUGUCGAUCAGUCCACUGUCCACCACAUGGCCUGCGCUGCUCCAAGCCCAUACCACUGCCUGGCCAGUGCUGUCCGACUGUGUGUCCAAAAUGCUUUUAUGAAGGACAUGAGCACAACGAAGGAGAAUCAUGGCCAUCAUUAAGUAAUCCAUGUGAAACAUGCGAGUGUCGCUCUAGUAUGACAGUGUGUCAGCCUCAGAGGAGUUGUGAUGUUUCUUGCAGCCAUGGAGUGAUUCCCCUUGGUGGCUGUUGUUCAGCGUGUACAGACUGUUCCUUUGAUGGACAAAUAAUUCCUGAUGAAGAAAAGAUAAUUGUCCCUGGACCACGGUGUCAAGAGUGUCAGUGUAACCGAGGAAACAUCGUGUGUCGAGAAAUGCCAGCAUGCUCCCCUCUGCCAUGUGUGUUUUCUCACCUUCCCAGUGGACAGUGUUGUCCACAAUGCAUUGGUUGUGAACAUCAGGGAAGAAGUUACAGGUACAAUGACAUUAUCUCACAAACAGAGUGCUCAACUUGUGUCUGCAAAGAAGGGCAAAUAAUGUGCAUUGAGAAGACAGACAGCUGUCCACCAGUACAAUGCCAAAACCCACAAAAAAUGCCAGGCAGGUGCUGUCCAAUCUGUAAUGGAUGUACUCACUAUGGCAAGUACUAUGAAGAUGGUCAGACAUUCAGUUCACAAAGGGACCCAUGUCAGCGAUGUGUCUGUAAGGAAGGAGCUGUUACUUGUAGUCAGCUGGAAAUGAAAUGCCCCGCCUUGCCAUGUACACAUCCAGGACGUGUUCGUGAACACUGCUGUCCACGUUGUCAAGACUGUGAAUAUCAGCGUCAUCUUGUGCGCAAUGGCCAACGUUUCUCUCCACCUGAUGGUGAUGGUUGUGACAUAUGUAGAUGUCAGGAAGGUAGCGUUCUGUGUGAAAGACGAGAAUGUCCACCUAUCAGCUGUCUUAACCCAAGGACACAACCUGGCCAGUGCUGCCCGGUGUGUCCUCCAUGCUUGCUGGAUGGCAGAGAGUACAGGGAAGGAGAAAUUUUUCAUCGUCCAGGUGAUGCUUGCUCCAUGUGUGAAUGCAAGGGAGGAGAAGUAGUCUGCAAAGCCAACCCCUGUCCAGCCACUCCCUGCACCCAUCCAGCUACUUUACCUGGAGAAUGUUGCCCACAGUGUGCGUUCUGUCUGUAUGAGCAGCGCAUUUUCCGCAAUAUGCAGCGUUUCUUGCACCCUGAUGAUCCCUGCAGAGAGUGCUCAUGUCAGCAAGGCUCUGUUAAUUGCCAGUCAGUUGUGUGUCCACGAUUGACUUGUGCACGCACAAUGCCUAUGGUAGGACAGUGCUGCCCAUCUUGUGCCAAGCUUUGUGAACAUGAGGGUUUGACAUAUGAUGAUGGGGAGACAUUCACCAAUCCCAGGAACCCUUGUGAAGAAUGUCUUUGCCGCCAAGGGCGUGUGCAGUGCAAGCAUCGCACAUGCCCUCAACCUUUGUGUUUGAAUCCACGCAGAGAUGGCUGCUGCCCUACAUGUGAGGGAUGUAGCUUUGGAGAUGUGCAUGCUUUGGAUGGUCAGUCCUUCCCAGACCCACGAGACAGUUGUCAUACAUGUCAUUGCCAUGCUGGAGAAGUGACCUGCCAGCCUCGUUCAUGUCCCUCAGCUCCAUGUCAAAAUCCAGCAAUCCGUGAUUGCUGCCCUACAUGCCAAGACUGCGACUAUCAUGGGAAAAGCGUUGCAAGUGGCACCAUUUUUAAUGACCCACGAGACACUUGUCGUCAGUGCCAGUGUGUGUCUGGAAACGUGAUUUGCCAGAGCAAACUUUGCUCCCCCAUCACUUGCCAACAUCCAGUCAUGCGUGACUGCUGCAAGGACUGCAGUGCUUGCCUGUACCGUGGACGGCAGUACACAGAUGGACAGACCUUCCCUGAUGCUCAGGAUCCAUGUGGAGAGUGCACUUGCACUCGAGGAACAGUGACGUGCCAGCGCCGCCCUUGCCUUCAUGUACCAUGUGCUAACCCCACCCCAGGUCCUUGCUGUCCUGAAUGUCGCAACUGUCUUUAUAAGGGACGAGCAUUGGGAGACGGAGAGGUGACAGACCAUGCCACAGAUCCAUGCCAGCAGUGUCAAUGUCGUGGGGGAGAUAUUCAUUGCUUUUCCAAAGACUGUCCUCGGGACCAGCACUGUCGGUAUCCAGUGAUGCGACAGUGUUGUGCCAUCUGUACUGACUGUUCUUACAAGGGGAGGGAAUAUCCCAAUGGUGUUGAAUUUUCAGACCCAGGGACAGCCUGCAGUAGAUGUCAAUGUGAAAAUGGUGAUGUCAGAUGCCAGCCAGUAGCUUGUCCCAAAGUAACCUGUUCUCAUCCUGUCCAGGGCUCUUGCUGUCCAGAAUGCUCUCGCUGUUCCUAUGGCAACACCCAGUAUGCAGAUCGCCAGACCUUCCCUCACCCUACAGAUGAAUGUCAGAAAUGCCGCUGCCAUGCAGGAAGUGUUGAGUGUAGUCAAGAGGAGUGCUCAGUAGUCUCCUGCUCCCACCCUGUCACACUACCUGGACAGUGCUGUCCAUCAUGCCAGGCAGGUUGCUUAUAUCAGAGCCACCGGUAUCGGGACGGAGAGAGCACUGAACAAGACUGCCAGGUGUGCACCUGUUUACAAGGCAGUGUCAGGUGUCAGCCCUUGCAGUGUUUACCAGUGUCUUGUAGUCAUCCAGUCAAAGAGGGAUGUUGUCCAGUGUGCAAUGGUUGUCUGUACGAUGGGAGACAAUAUUACAAUGGUCAGAGACUCCCUGACCGUACUGAUCGAUGCAAAGAAUGCAGCUGUAGGGAUGGCACCUUUAGAUGUGUACAGUCACCUUGUCCGCCAGUUACCUGUCUCAAUCCUGCACCUGGUGAGUGUUGCCCAGAAUGUCGGGACUGCGAGUUGGAUGGGCGCAUCUAUCGCUACGGUCAGAAUUUUCCUGAUCCCAGCGAUCGCUGCAGUCAGUGUGUGUGUGAGUCUGGCUCCAUCAGCUGCCAGAGAGCUCAGUGUGAUGCUGCCAACUGCCAAAACCCUAUCAUGGAUGGUUGUGGUUGUGGCUCCUGUCAAGGGUGUUCAUACAAUGGUCUGGAGUACAGAAAUGGACAAAUCUUUACUAGUCCCACAGAUCCCUGCCAAGAAUGUCGUUGUCAGAGUGGAAGUGUGAGCUGUAUGGCCCGACAGUGCAACAGUACCUGUGCUCACCCAGUCCAAACAAUUGCAUGCUGCCCUUUAUGCACUGACUGUCAGUUUGAAGGAAUUGUCCGGCAGCAGGGUCUUACUUUCAUCUCAGAGGUGGACGCUUGUCAACAAUGUGUGUGUCAGGCAGGUACAGUGCAGUGCCAGACCAUCAUCUGUCCAGAAGUUAACUGCCUGAAACCUAUUUACACAAAGCAUCAAUGCUGUCCUACCUGUCCAGUGUGUCAGUUCCUUGGACAGACGUUCACAGACAAUGCCCUUUUCAAGCAUCCAGAAGACUCCUGUCAGAAGUGUACUUGCAAGGAAGGACGAGUUGCCUGCAGCCGUGAGACCUGUGUUGUGGAAUGUACUCAUCCUCGCCAGGAUUUGUGCUGUCCUCGGUGUGAUAUGUGCUUCUUUGAAGGGAAACUCUAUCCCAAUGGCCAGUCUUUUCAGCCAGACAACUGCCGGCGCUGUCUGUGUCGGGAUGGGAAUGUAGUGUGUGAGGAAGAGAAAUGCCCGGUUCUGAACUGUUUGUUGACAGAAGAAGUGCCUGGGCAGUGCUGUUCACAAUGCAAAGGUUGUGAAUACAAGGAGAACACUUAUGCAUCCAACACCAGCUUCUUGUUGCCACAAAACCCCUGUGUGACAUGUGCCUGUACAGGCGGCUUAGUUACCUGCAUGGCAAUGGAAUGUUAUGUGCCAUGUGACAAUCCUGUACCUGUGCCUGGACAGUGUUGCCCUGUCUGCCCUACUUGCAGCUACCAAGGUGUUGGCUAUAAAAAUGGAGAGGAUUUUAGUCCAAGUGAUGAUCCUUGUGAUACUUGCCAUUGUGAGGAGGGACACAUGCAGUGCCUGCAUGAAACAUGCCCAAGUGUUGCAAACUGCCCAGAAGAAAAUCUCGUUUCCCCACCACCUGGCCAGUGUUGCCCUUCCUGUGCAGGCUUUUCCACGGGCUGUACCUCGGCUGAUAUCGGCAUGAUGACAAGGCCAAGGCUACAUGAUCCUUGUUUCUACUGUGAGUGUAAGGAGGAUUUCAGCUGGGUGUGUGCAAAGGAGCAAUGCCCCAUCCUGACGUGUCCUCCAGAUGUGCAGGUUACUCUUUCUGGACAGUGCUGUCCUUCUUGCCCAGCCUGCUAUGAUCAGUCUGAGGCACAUUAUUACCACGAGGGGCAACAGUGGACAAGCCUUAAAAAUCCGUGUGUUUCAUGCUUUUGUCAGGAUGGAAACAUAAUCUGCUCCUUACAAGAGUGCCCCACCUUGUCAUGUGGCAUCGAAGAACGUUUAGUGUCAGUCAAAGGUCAGUGCUGUGAAGUGUGCCAAUUAUCUGCACUGGCAGAGUGCUUCUACCAAGGCAGGAUCUAUCAGCCUGGAGAAGAAUGGUUAGUUGAUGAGUGCACACGAUGUCAGUGUCGAGGAGGGGACGUCUCUUGCACCAUACAGAAUUGUCCUCUCCCUGAGUGUAAGGCAGAUGAAGUGCAAGCUACAUCACCGGGCAGUUGCUGCCCUGUCUGUUUAAAACAGCCAGGAACAUGUGUAGUAUUUGGUGAUCCUCACUACCGCACAUUUGAUGGGGCUACUCUGCACUUCCAGGGUACAUGUCGGUACAUCAUGUCCAAAGACUGCGAGGGGAAUAACUUUAGCGUUGAGGUGCAACAUGAUAACCGAGCUGCACCAGGUGACGUGUCUUGGGCUCAGAACUUCACUGUGACCAUUGGCAACAUCAUCAUAGACUUACUACAAAACAGUGUUGUGAUGAUAAACAAAGCUGUGGUGCAGCUUCCUUUCCUGUACGAGCCCCACAUCUUUCUUCAGAUGAUGGAAAAGACAGUUCUCCUAACUACAGACAUCGGCCUGCAGGUUUCUUGGAAUGGGGACAGUCAUGCAGAGGUCACCGUUCCAGGCAGCUACAAACGAAAACUUUGUGGUUUGUGCGGAAAUUUCAAUGGCUUCCCCCAAGAUGACUUGCGAACAAGUAAUGGCCAGAUUACCAAUUCACCUGCUGUUUUUGGCAACAGCUGGAAGGCCGAAACACAGAUUACAGAGACAUGUAGAGAUGCACAAGACCUUGACCCAUGCUUGUCUGCUGGAUAUCGUGUCCGCAAAAUUGCGACCACUCGCUGUGCCGUCAUCAAGAGCAAAGAAUUCUCCCGAUGCCAUCGCGCUGUAUCACCUGAACCAUACUUUUCCUCUUGUGUGUAUGAUAUGUGUGUGUGCAUGGACGAUCCCAAGUGCCUGUGUGACAUUCUAGCCUCAUAUGCCCAUGAGUGUGCUCGAGCUAACAUCAGACUGGAGUGGCGCUCCCAUAACUUGUGUGCUUUUGCCUGUCAAGAAGACAAAGGUUUCAUGUUCGAUGAGUGUGGGCCAGUAUGUCCAAGAACCUGUGAAAACCUUGCCACACCUCUUGGCAACUUAACAACAAACUGUUUCAAGCCUUGUGUGCCAUCCUGCCAGUGCACAGCCGACAAAGUGGUUCACAAUGGUCAUUGCAUAUCACCAUCUAAAUGCCCACAAAUACACUCCCACACUCAGGAGAAAUCAUAAAUGACUGACAGACCAAGGAGAUACAGCAUCACAAGUGAUGCAUAUAUCGCUAUGCCACCGGUUCACGUUUGUGAAAUGUUAGUUCAUUAAAUAUGUGGGGGAAUUAGUCAAUGUGGUGUGAACUAAGUUUUGGCUGGAACCGGCCCAUACCCGAGCUAGGUCUAGGCUGGGUUAGUCCAAAGCUCAUUGCUGUUAUUAUACUUCGUCCAUGUCAAGUGCCUUCCCUUCCCUCUCCUCCAAAAAAAUUAAAUAAAUUUUGUGGAUUCCAAAAUUUUGAACACUGUCUCUUACCUAUAUAUCUCCUACUAUUAUAUCAAGAUAUUCUACACUGUCGAAUCUUGUCUUUUUGUACAUGUGAACAACUGAUAUUUAAGAGCAAAGCUUUCCAUUAUCUUUUGAUUUAAUGGAUUAAGUCCUUAAGAUAUUACUUUUGUUUUUGUAAUCUUUGGUCUGUAUUGUCCGACUUCUCAGGUUAUUUAUUUCUUGCUGCUUAGAGAUACAAAUUUUCAGAUUUUUAUGUCCAUUUGAUCUACUAGAUCACAACCUUUGAGAUUAGACUGGCCAAACCAUACAAUAUUUUUAGAUGUCUGGGUUUAGGUCAGCUCAGAUGAUUAAUUCCCCAAAUUCAGGAAUAAACCUUUCACAAGAUACAAACUUUAAAACAAAAAUUCUUGCUGCUCUGUGGAAGAGAGCAGUUUUUGGUUCAGUGAUCUUAUAUAAUUCAGUUUGCUGCUAGGGGCAGCAAUUCGUAACAAGUGCUUUAGGGCUCAUGUUAACUCCACCCUUCUUUGACACCAAAUUCUGAACUUCGUUUGAUCAAUCUUUGCUUUUCAAAAAGGGAAAAAGGUAUCUUUUUUGUGACAAUAUUAUUAUUACAUGCUAGCAAAUCUGUUUAUGUUCAUAUUAAAUCUGUGAACUUGAAGCUGUACCUAUGGUGGUUCUCAAGUCUUUUACAACAGGCCUUUGGUUAAUUUUUAGAAAAAUGUUUUCUAGUUAACUGUUAUUGUGUUAUGUUGAUAGAUAUUCUUGUUUUUCAUGCUUAAACCUUGUUUAUAUUUUUCAACUCAGCAUCCUUUAUCCCUUCAAACUUCUGUAACAUAUUUUUUUCAAGCGAUUUGUAUUUGUGGGUCUGGAACUAUUCAUAUAUUUAAAUAUGUGGUGUUAUAUAGUUUCUUACAUUUGAUACAUUUAAGUUCCCAAUUGUAAUAGCUGUAAUGAAAUAAUUAAGAACAUUAAAAAGCAAAUACAUGAGCUAGGCAUUGUAUGAUCUGGAAAGAGUAAUGAAGACAUUAUUCACCAUGUGCUGCAAUUGACAGCUGACAUAUGGUGAUGCAUGUGUUCUUUCUUUCACAGGAAUUAAAUAAUUUAAUUCUAUCUUUUAGAGUUUUAGCAAAGGGACUCCUCCAUGGGUUGAGUUCAUGUCAAGCCUAUAACUUAAAGGCCUUUCAAAACAUCAGGGCAACAUAUGAGCAAGAACUUUCUCCAUUUAUUUUGCCAGUUUAUAUAUGUAUAAUCAUUUGGCUCUUACGUAUUUAGUAGAACAUAUCACUUUAUUUUCAUGUUUACCAGUUUGGAUAUAAAGGGAAAUCAAGUAUGUACAUGUAUUUUUUUGAAGCAUUCAUCAUUCAGAUCCUGUGGUUCUUUUUUCAAACUUCUUUAAGCUGCUUAUUUUUAUUGUUGGUAGGCAAGGCAAAGCAGAAAAAAGAAUGUGGUAAUGGAAAUGACAGAGGAACAUUUCUCAUCAGAAUGCAAUCAUGAAGAAAAUAUUGAACAUCUCUCCCACCACCUACUCACACCAAAAAGAGGUGCAUGUUUAACCAGCAUCUUGCGUAACCUUGUGGCCAGAGGUGCAAACACACACUACGCAGUGCACUUCCCCCAGGUGUCUAAUGAGUAGUGAGCUACUUCUUAAUUGCCCUGUGGGGAAAAUAAAGUUGUGAUGACCCUCUGAAGUUUAGGAGGGAGAAGCAGCAAGAUAGAGCAGAUGGAUACCAAGCUCAGAAAAAAAGGCCUCAUGACAAGUGCAAUCUCUAAUAUCUUACACCCCAAGGACUGAAGGGUUAUGGGACUACCUUUACCCUGUUAUAGCAUUCUGAAAAUGUCUUUCCAGUGGUUUAAAUUUUGAUGUAGCUCCUGUUAAAAGAAAAAAAUAAAUAAACCAACGAUCAUGGUCACCUCACUUUCAUCCUGUACCACCAAUGUCUCCUCCAUUUUUAACGUGUUGACUAUUUAACAUUAACAUGUUGAAAAUGAACAGUAAACUUGUGGAAAUAAUAAUACUCACUUCUGAA